UCUGUGAUUUUACGUGGCCUACCACUUUGUGGCUGAGUUGCUGUUGUGUGUUCUACCACACUCAAAGCAGGUAAUUGUGUCCUAACUUUCAUUUUCAAAGAAAUGAAAUACAUUUUUGUGAACAUUGCUUCAUGGAAAACUCUCCCCAACCUUUUUCCUGUAAAUAUAUUUAUAUGCUUUUCAUAGCAGUACACUUGAACAGACAACAUAUUUCUAAAUACUUUCAGAUCGUCUUUGUAAGUGAAUCUUCCAUUUCACAAUACACAAAAAUGCAUUUGUACCUGUUAUACCUGCAUUUUUGUGUAUUGUGAAAUGAACAACAAACAGUUAUGACAGUAGGGGGUGGGACUUUACACCCAUUUCUUGGCAAAUAAAAAGGUUUGUGCUGCCUUAUUGAAUACUGCACAACAUCUGACUGUUAGCAGAACGGUAAGAGAAUUUAUGCAUUUCACUGUCUUAUAUAAGAACAUUUAUCAUUUAACUACUGGUGUUUCAAAUAGUAUUAAUAGGUAAUAUAUUUUUAAAUGUUAAAUAAAUGUCACCCUAUCUAAGACCAUGUCAAGUGAUUUUUGUCUCUCUUUCUGUUUCUUUUGUUCUCCCUCAGCAAUUAUUUGUCUUCAAAUAUCUCCAUUCUAGACUGAUAAUGUACACCAUACCUUCAUUCGAUCCCAGCUCUGAAAAGAGGGAUGCAACAGCAAUUCCAACUAACCUCAGAGAUUCACUAUCAUGUCUCGACGUUGUAUGGUCUGAUAUGUUUGUGACUGGAGACUCGGCGAAUGACUCUGAAGCAGCUAUGGCUGAUUUUCUGAAAGGAGCCCCAGCACAGUGGCUGCAUUUUAACACGUCAGAGAUCUCACCAUUUGUAGAAAGGGAUGACUUUGGAAAAUUAAUUCAGUUAAUUGAGAGAAAAAAAGGGAAAAGCUGUCUGAUCACUGAGGUUUCUUUACAAUACGAGCCUGGCAGUGGAGGGUCAACCCUCGCCAUGCAGGUGCUUUGGCAUUUUCGCAAAGACCUCAGAUGUGCCAGAGUUAUCGAUUUAGAUGCUAAAAAGCUGCCGAAACAAGUGGUGGACCUUUUUCUGCUGUCUAAUCAGAAAACUGUGCUGCUGUUAAUAGACACAAAGGAAAACACAAACAACGAUCAGCCAAUCAAGAAUACUCUCUGGGAAAACCUGAUUGACGAAAUACGGACGAGGGAGAUCAAAACAGACACUCCAGCUGUGAUCAUUUGCAGAACUGCAAACUUUCCAACAAAAGAUAGUGUGGAAAUUACAAUGAAGCUCUCUCCAACUGAGAAAAUGAGGUUUGAUCAAAAAAGGCAUGAGCUGGAAGAGAAAUUCAAGGAAAAGUCACAGAACUUUCAUGCCUUUAACAUAAUGCAGGGAGGUUUCAAGAAAGAGGAUGCUGAGAAAGUGAUCACAGCAGAAAUGGUACAACACGUUAAAAAUAAUCCAAAGUCCAAAAGCACAAGACUUCUGAGUUUUUUGGCUUUGAUCAAUUCAUCCGUCCCAGGCUCACACUUGUCAAGGCUUUCAUGCGAGGAAUUCAUUGCAAAAACAGGCCGGUCCUCCGAUGAGGAAAACACCCCACUGCAAACGACAAUGAAACCUUUCAUGGAUCUUAUAGUCGUAUUCUCAGAGGGAAAACCUGAAAAACCCGACUACAUACGCAUGGCGCAUCCAAUGAUUGCUGAUGCAUGUGUAAAAAUGCUCACUGAGCACAAUCUGACAAGAUUUAACAUCGCUUCUGACUUCUUGAACAGCAUGGUAAAAGGAAAGGAGAGGAAUUACAUGCAAAUUUGCAAGAGAAUGUUAACAGAUAGGCUCGACACGGAAAAAUACAGGUUUUCGAAACUGAUUCUUGACCUCUUGAAGGACAGAAGCAAUGCAUUGAGAGAGAAGCAAUGCAUUGAUUUGUUGGAGCUGGCUUCAUAUUUGUUCAACAAAGACCCUUUUUAUCCUCAAGCACUUGCACGUUUGUAUUACAUUGAGGUAAAAGAGCCAGACAAAUUUUAUAAGGCCGACCACUGGGCAAAUAUAGCCAUUGACAGAAAGAGAGAAAAUUCUCAUAUUAGGGAUACACUGGGGCAAGUUCACAAAAACCACCUGCUGAACACGAAACCAUGGACAGACACAGAAACAGUUUUGAAAAUUGCGAAGUCUGCCAUUAAAGCAUUUGAAGAUGAAGCAAAAGCAGCUGAAGACGAGUCAGAAGACAACAACAGUUUCAAUAACAGGGGCUACUUUGGAUUUCUCCAGGUUUGCAAGAACAUUUAUGAUUUGGCAAAAAAACCUCUUGAACAAAAAAUCUGUGAAUUCAUCAGUGGUCUCAAAGGUGAUGUUGAGGAUAGAUAUGAUUUCUUUGAAUGGUACCUGGCAUUCUCAAGACCAAAGAUCAAUAAAAAGGAUCCCGACUACCUUCAUAAUGACAUUGUAGAGUGCUACAAGCGAUAUUUUAAGAAGCAGACUGACGAAGCCACCCUGAAUGAGAAAAAAAUGAAGUCUUUCGGAGGACUACUUCAUUUCCUACAAUCUGAUGCAAGUGUGCUUAAACAAACAUUUAAAAAUCCACAAUCCGAUGAUGAAACUCAAAACAUUCUCUACGUUCUUGCCAACAUCAUCCUGAUGUUUGACGAGCCGUCUGAAAGAGUAGAAGAGCUCCAGGCCAGUUUACACAAACUUUGGGUGAGCAAAAAACAAGGCAGAAGCCCAGAGUUUUACCUCUUGAUCCUUCUGCUCUUUUGGUUUGAUGAAGCGCAGCCGAGAAUCCCAAACCCUCCAGACCUUGAAGACUGUGUCAACUAUAUGGCUGAGUCAUAUGAGAAGAAGUAUCGGAAAUACCUUCGCGGUCGCUACCUGGUGCCUCUCUUCUUCUUAAGGAAAGAGAGUGGUUUGGUUCACAUCUCAAAACUACAUCAAAAUGAUGAUGUAGGAUCCUUGGAGCUCCUAUUGGAAAGAGAUGAAGUCAGCUGUCUCCAGCGUAUCAGCGGGGAGGUCAAGAAGGAUCUUAAAGUGUUUGCUAUAAGAGAUGGGAAACAGAUUCAAGUCACCCCUCACGAACCGGCCAGUGUGUGCAGACAAGGCAAGGUGUCUUUCUACCUUGGCUUCAAUAUCAGAGGACCUGUUGCCUUUAGCAUCAGAUACUAGUUCAGGGAUUAUCACUCGAACACUGAAUCAUCUACAUUUGCAUUGACACUGGAAAUGUUCAACAGUGCAGCUCAUACAAUGACAAAACGAGAAAGAGAAAGUAAUACGCUAUAUUUACUCCAAAAAUUAUGGCAAUAGAUUGCAAGCAAUAUUAUUAAUUAAAUAGAAUUGGGUUAGAAUUAAUCAGAUGCAUUCCUUUAAACAAGUCAAAUUUAAACAAAAAUAUCUGAAUAACAGACAGACGCAGAAGAUGAAUUAUAAACUAUUUUUUAUUGCGAACAUUGAAGACACCUGAUGAUAGCAAGCAGAAUCACUGAAGGAAAGAGAAACACAAGAAUUUACAUUUUAUUGAAAAUGUUGGUCACCAUUACGGUGAUCGGUGUUUCGUUUAGUUUGGCACUUCAACACUUUGCUUUUUAAGUCAGUUUGUGGUUUUUGUAAUGUUGUUUGCUAAUUUUACACAUUUUAAAUGUUUGACUUUUAAGGAAUUAAUUUGAUUAAUUCUAACUCAAUUCUUAUAUGUUGAAUUUAAUUAAUAAUAUUGCGUGUAAUCUGUUGCCACGAUUUUAUUGAGUAGAUAGAGUGUAUUUUUACAAUGAAGGGAAAAUACUUUCCUCUCAGCUAGAUGUGAAAAAAGACAACAUUUACCAAAUCAUGUUUAUUUAGUAAUCAUAGUUAUUUUAGAAUUGUAUGAUUUAACUUCUCAACUGUGGGGUCGAAUGAAGGAAUGUAGAGAACGUUUUAAGGAAAAUAAAAAAAAAAAAAACAUAUUAGUUGUAAUGCUGGUGGUGGGUCGGUAAGUUCAACCUAUUUUUAAUUGUUUUGACCACUAAAUAUUUUGUCAGAGAAAAUUCACUUGAACAUACUUUCAUUAGAAGUUGUAAUAACUCAAAAAGAUUGAUGCAUUAAUUUUGAGCCAAAACAUUGUUUUUGGAGUGUAUUCUGUGGACUGGCCAGGAAAAAAUAAAAUAAAAUACAGACCAUAUUAUACUGACUGUAGACUUUUGCAGUUUGUCAUUUAACCCUCAUAUUGUGUUUGGGUCGAAGAGGAUUUUCCCGUACCCGAAAAUGCUAGUUAAUGUUAUCACAUUGGACUAAAAUCUGCAGACUUUACUCACCCAGAGCCUAACAACUUCCCAAUUUUAAAAAAAAAUAAUGAUUGUAAUUUUUUGUGGGUUUUUUCCACAUUGUAACACUUGUGGUGUUCCCGGUCAAAAAUGACCGGUCUACAAAAAACUGCUUAUUAUGCUACAUUAUCAAUAAAUAUUGG